GACAAGUUGAAUGUGAGAGAAAAACCGACCAGUGAAAAAAAACGAAAUAGUCUCUGUCGCGAUGGACGUGGGAACGUUACUAUGUCGUUCACUACUGUUGGCUUUCUUAAUAUGCACCGUAACACAGGAGGCGCGAGGAUUGCUGUGUUAUUGUGAGCGGUGUUUAAAUAGGACAUGUAACACAACUGGCAUGUGCUUUGCUUUCGUCUCGAAAUCUGACGGACAGAUUGUGACACAUGAGGCUCACUGCAUUGAGCAGGAUGAUCUCCUCCCUCCAGACAGGCCCUUCCAGUGUGCCCCCUACAACAAUGGCAUGCAUCCACACUGCUGCAACACCCACAUGUGCAACAAGAACCCAAAAGUCAUCCCAGGUGAGAGACUCAUCACCUUCAAAGAGCUCCCUGAUGCUAAACCCCAGUCCCUGAGUCCCGUGGCCCUGGCUGCAAUGAUCGCGGUACCCAUCUGUAUACUGAGCUUUGUGCUAGUGCUGCUCCUCUACAUUUGCCAUAAAGGUUCCAUUAUCCAUCACCGUGUGCCAAGUGAGGAAGACCCCACAGUGGACCACCCCUUCCUUGCUGAUGGCACCACACUGAAGGACCUCAUCUAUGACAUGACCACUUCUGGAUCAGGCUCAGGUUUGCCACUGCUUGUACAGAGGACCAUUGCCAGGACUAUCAUCCUGCAGGAGAGUAUUGGAAAGGGCCGUUUUGGAGAGGUGUGGAGGGGCCGCUGGCGUGGAGAGGAGGUGGCAGUGAAGAUUUUCUCCUCCAGAGAGGAGCGCUCUUGGUUCCGGGAGGCAGAGAUCUACCAGACCGUCAUGCUCCGUCAUGAAAACAUCCUGGGUUUUAUUGCUGCAGACAACAAAGAUAACGGCACGUGGACUCAGCUGUGGCUGGUUUCUGAUUACCAUGAGCACGGCUCACUCUUUGACUACCUGAACAGGUACACAGUCACUGUGGAGGGCAUGAUCAAGCUCUCUCUCUCUGCCGCUAGUGGCCUGGCUCAUCUGCAUAUGGAGAUUGUGGGCACUCAGGGUAAGCCUGCCAUUGCCCAUCGUGAUCUGAAAUCUAAAAACAUCCUGGUGAAGAAGAGUGGAACCUGCUGCAUUGCUGACCUCGGCUUGGCUGUGCGCCACGACUCUGCCACAGACACCAUAGAUAUUGCACCCAACCACAGAGUGGGCACCAAAAGGUAUAUGGCCCCUGAGGUACUGGAUGACACUAUUAACAUGAAGCAUUUUGAGUCUUUUAAAAGGGCAGACAUCUAUGCUUUGGGUCUGGUAUUCUGGGAGAUUGCCCGCAGGUGUUCAAUUGGAGGCAUCCAUGAGGACUAUCAACAUCCCUACUAUGACCUUGUUCCAUCUGACCCAUCAGUAGAGGACAUGAAGCGAGUGGUUUGUGACCAGAAGCUUCGUGCCAACAUCCCUAACAGGUGGCAGAGCUGUGAGAGGUCAGUGUUUGAUGUUUCCAUCUUCAAUUGGUCACACGUCUUCUCGUCAUCCAGAUUCGUAGGCCUUGCGUGUGAUGGCUAAGAUCAUGAGGGAAUGCUGGUAUGCCAAUGGAGCAGCCCGCCUCACCGCGCUACGUGUGAAGAAAUCUCUGUCCCAGCUCAGCCAACAAGAGGGUAUCAAGAUGUAGAUACAUCUCUCAUUAUCUUUACACUGCCAAUCCACUUCCUCCACUGAUCUAGGGAGGUUAUGGAAAACCCUCCACUAAUCUAGGGAGGUUAUGGAAAACUUUUAAAGAAUAGAUGGCUUCCUCACUUACAUUGUGGAGAUUUACUUCAGCACUUCAAUUAUGGGGGAUGGACAGUAGUUGAGGGGUCAGUGUUGUGGGAUUUAAAACUCUGCCCUGCUGUCCAUCUAAAGAUGCAUCCUCAUCAUCUGAGAUCACCUCAGACAACCUUUACAGCUACUGCAGGAUUUCACAAACCAGUGCUCAAAGCUACACCAGUCCACUGGGAUAUCAGUUUUCCAUAUUCAAUAGAGUUUUCUUUUCAGUUGUUUGGUGACUGACCAGGCAACUAACCAUAGACAGCCAUUCAGUGUCAUUGAUGUGCUUUGCAAGCUGGGCUUGACUCUUGAAUUUAUAUUUGUAUAUAUCCUUUUGUCUAUAGAUGUACAUAUUUGACUAAAGUUGCUAGUGUGUAUUUCUAUGUGGUGUAGGCUUACCAAGGCACGUGUGUGUGUGUGUGUGUGUUUGUGUGUUUGUGUGUGUGUGUGCUGCAUAUUUUACUACUGCACUGUUCUUUGACUCAGUUACCAGGAAGUGCCACUGCUCUGAAUCAAUCAUGUUUACCAUAUUUGGUAACUUGGACCUCUUUAGUUUUUGAGUCAUUACGUGUACUUGCGUUGUUUUUGGGUUAUUGGCACCACAAGCACAUGUUUGCAUAUGGAAGCAGUUGAAGAAAGUUACAGAUGUUAUGGAUGUUUCAGCUUAAAGUUACGACAUAUUCUCCUGAUUGCUGUAACACGGGCUCCAAACCCUUGCCUGAUUGUUUGGAAAUGGUUUUGUAAUGUGGCUAGCUACUUGAUCAUGCUGCUUCUUACAACUCACUUUCCAGACAGGCAGCAAAUAACCAUAAAAGAAACUUCAAGCAAAGGCAGUACAUUCAAUGAUAUUGCAUAUUAGAAGCAGCCUGGAGAGAUGCCUGGAGAGACCGGUCCUUAAAAUAAUCUAUGAGAGGAGUGAGUUAGCCAUGAAGCCACUUGUACAAAGGCCAAUUUAACUAUAGUGUGUCUCUUCAUUACUGUAGAAUGGAUGCUACAAUUUAUGUAACAUAUUUUGCAAUAGUACUGUGCUUUUUGUAUUGAAAGUAUGGUGCUGUUGAAGUCAGAUAAGGUAUCUGACAACGACAAUCUUUUUCUGCUGCGCACUGUUUCCGGUCAUGCAGUUAGAGGCAUUAAGAUGACAUUUAAAAAUGUAGCCCUAUUCAGAGUAAAGGGAAAGAUGUAGAACGGUUUAUCAGCUUUUUUUAAAGGAAGAGUUCACACAAUAUGAAAAUUCUGUCAUAGGGUGCGUUCCAUUCAGAAGGGAUCAUCCCUAAACCCUAUUCCCUUCAAAUAUUUUACAAUCCACUGUGAGAGCUCUUGAGUAGGGUUGGGAACCAAGAACCGGUUGUUGCUCAGAACCGGUUCCAUUCUUUAAAAAAAUACCAGAAUCAUAUGAUCUUCGUGACUUCCGGUUCUGCUCUCCAGCGUGCAAUUUUCUGCCAAUGCGGCUGGAACACUGUCCCCAAAUAUCUGACAGUGUUUCCAGCAGCGCAUCUCUGCAGUCAGCGUAAAAACAUAGUUCUACCAGUGUAUUUAAUUCCCAAUCGAACGAGUCUCGAGCCGGCUCUUUUUACAGCACGAAACAUAUGCGCUUCGUGUACAGUUUGAUUCCUGAAAGAAUUAUUCAAAGGAGCCGGUUCUUUUGAAUCAACAGCGUAAAAAACAUGGUUCCCCCAGUAUAGUCCGAUCCCGAAAGAACCAUUCUAAUGAGCCGGUUCUUUUGAAUCUACAGCGCGAAACAUACAGUCCAACUCGAAAUUAAAUAACUGUUGAAGUCUCACAAGCCUGAAGUACAACAUUAGGCUACAUAACACAGUCUAAACUGUCUCUAGAACUGUUACUGUUUAUUUAAUAAUGACCUGUGUCUCUUUUAAAUCAAGCAGGGCAGUUACUGACUGGUUGUUCAUAUGACAAUGUAUAAUUAAAGAUACACGAGUUUUGUUGUAAUAAGUGGAAUUUAAAAAAAUAAUUAAUUAAUUAAUGAAAUAUGCCAUCACAUUUCUUGUUGGUUUAGAUUAUUUAAAAUAUAGUAUCUAUUAUUGGAUUGUGUUUAUGUCUCUAAAAUGUCUGCAAACACUUUUUAUAAGGACUGUAUAAAAUGUAUUUCUGAUUGGUUGUAUCUGCUCUGUAGAAGCUGAAAUUAUCUAAUUAUUUGGUCUGUUGAUAGGAAAUACAAUAAGAAUUGCAUUUCUCAUUUCCAAAUAAUUCUUAAAAAAAAAAUAAAAUACUAAAAGAAUUACUGGAAUCAUUACUGGAACCGUUAAGGAACCAGAAUCGUAAAAUUCCUUACGAUUCCCAACCCUACUCUGGAGUGCUGAAAAGUGUGGGGCUCAGAACUCGCUUUUAAAGUAAACUUUAUUGGAAAUUCUUCCUUCGAUCUUACAGCAAGGCCAUCAUGAUUGUUCUACCUUCAAAUUGCAUUCCGAAAGCAUCAUUAUACCAUUUGGAACGCAUAAUGGGAUUAUUUACUCACCCUCUUUUCAUUCCAAACCCGUAUGACUUUCUUUUUUCUGCAGAACACAAUAGAAAAUAUUUUAAAGGAUAUUCCGUUUGCUGAUUACAAUACAAUAUCAGUUUGUAGUAACUCCCCUUCACAGAUUAAAAACAUGUCAUGACAAUCUCUAUACAUGAGUUGAUCAAUGAAUUGAUUUGAUUUGAGAUAACAAUGGAAACUUCGGGCUGUUCACCAUACAAAGUGAUCGUUUGGCUUCAGAAGACUUGGAAUUUGACGCACAAGUUGCACAAUUAGACACACAAAUGAAGUAUUUUUAUGACACUUUGGGGCUUUUUUUAAGAUUAAAGUGAGACACUGUCAACUUAUUUUUUAUGGAAAUCAGCAAUUGCAACAUUGUUCAAAAUAUUAAAUUUUUUUGUUUAGCUGAAGAAAAGUCAUACAGGUUUGGAGUGACAUGAGGGUGAGUAAAUGAUGAAAGAAUUUUCAUAUUUGUGUGAACUAUUCCUUUAAGACGUUCACUAUGACCUUUUCUAUUUUGCACUGCAUAGUCAUUGAAUUCUGUAUAUAUUCUAAGGUAGCUACAGUUGAAUGGGUUAAAAAUGUGUUUGUAGAUUAUCUAGAUUUACUAGUUUUGCUGUACUAUUUUCAAGGUGUUGUAUUAAUUCUGAUCAUCACGUGAAGCCUUUCGAUUGUUUUAAUGUGAUGUCACACACAUAGUCGUGCAAAAAUCAUCGAGCUGCAAAGUGUUUAUGUUGUGUAACUUUCUGUAUGUCCGUGUUUGGUCAAGCUUAGCAAAAAGUGUUUUUUUUUAUUAUUUAGUUAUAAAUGGAGAAUGAGAUGGCGAGAGUCUAAGAAUGUACUUUCUCUUCUCCAAAUUUUUGUUUGAAUAGUGAAAAAUAAGAAUGUAGCUGUGAACUGUAAACACUUUUAGACAGUCUUUUUGAGAACUGAAUCUUUAUUUAGACUGCCAAAUAUUAAGGCCCGCUCAGCAGAAAGGACCUUCAGCGUCGUCAUUGGCUGUGAAGCUUGUGAAUUAGAAAUUUCACAUUCUGUGAACCAAAAAGACUCUUUGAAGUUAGAAGAUGUGAAUGGCUUUAUGAACCUCUGUCACUCUGGACUCUCAUUAUAAACGCAUGCCAGCAAUCACCAGCAGCCUUCAGUACAUUUAUCAAAGAAUGAAGCAAUUCGGUCUCUUCCCCCCCCCCCCCCCAGAGACAUUUAGAUAUCCACAAACUCACCAGCUCAGACUCAGUAAAUUAUCCUUAGAUUCUGUUUUUAAUAGGUUUAAUUUGGUGUGUCUUCUAAGGUGUCUGAAGUGUCCGUGGUAACACUUUACAACAAGGUUGUAUAAAUUAAAAUUAGUUGACGCAGUAGUUAGCAUGAACUAAAAAGAAACAAUACUUUUACAGCGUUUACACUGCCUGACCAAAAAGUCACAGUUUGGAUUUAAAUAAUGGUUAAGAUCUACAGUUGUUUCAAAUGGUCAGAUCUAGGCUCAGCAACGUUAUGCGGCAAUAAAGUCCUGGCAUAUUCCAGGAUGACAAUGCCAAGAUUCAUCGGGCUCAAAUUGUGAGAGUGGUUCAGGGAGCUUGAGGAAUCAUUUUCACACAUUAAUUGGCCACCACAGAGUCCUGACCUUAACCCCAUUAAAAGUAUUUGGGAUGUGCUGGAGAAGACUUUACAGAGUGGUUUGACUCUUCCAUCAUCAAUACAAGAUCUCAGCCAAAAAUUAAUGCAGCUCUAGUCGGAAAUAAAUUGUGACAUUGCAUAAGGUUGUCGAAACAACGCCACAACGAAUGCAUGCUGUAAUCAAAGCUAAAGGCGGUAUUGACGACGGGAGAGUCGAACCACUCCAUAAAGUCUUCUCCAGCACAUCCCAAAGACUUUUAAUGGGGUUAAGGUCAGGACUCUGUGGUGUCCAAUUCAUGGAAAUUAAUUCAGUGAAAAUGUGAGACCUGGUCAUUCAGUACAUUCAGGUAGUCAGCUGACUUCAUUUUAUUACCACAUAAUGUUGCUGAGCCUAGACCUGACCAUUUGAAACAACCGUAGAUCUUAACCAUUAUUUAAAUCCAAACUGCAACUUUUUUAGGGGCCAGGCAGUGUGUGUGUGUGUGUGUGUGUGUGUGUGUGUGUGUGUGUGUGUGUGUGUGUGUGUGUGUGUGUGUGUGUGUGUGUGUGUGUGUGUGUGUGUGUGUGUGUGUGUGUAUAUAUAUAUAUAUAUAUGUAUGUUUUUU